UGUACACGGCCCCCGACUCGUGCGAGGGCCGCUGCGGGGAACCCCCGAGCGAGGAGGACGAGUGUCACUGUCACCCGGGCUGCGGGACCCUCGGCAGCUGCUGCGGGGACUUCGACCGGCACUGCGGGCCCGGCGGCUUCUCCCGGAGCCGCGAUUCCAUCACGGAGCGGGAGCUCCUGGAGCUGUCGGAGCAGCUCUACGGGCUGGAUCACAACCGGGCCCGGCCCGGAGACAUCGCCCUCAACCCCCAGCACCGGGCGGGCCCCGGCGAGACGGGACACGGGCGGGACCUGUCGCCGCAGCCGCUCUACAAACACGUCAACGAGGAGCUGUUCUCCAAACCCACCUACUCCAGCUUCAUUAAGCUGCUGGAUAAUUACCAGCGGGCCACGGGCAGGGAGGAGGAGGUGACGGCGGAGGAGCUGCGGGAACAGGACACCUUCCUCGGGGAGGCGAUGGCGACGGAGCUCAUGAGGACGCUCUUCGCCUUCCUCCGCCACAAAAACCGCUACGACUCCGAGCAGGAGUUCCUGGAGGAUCUGAAGGGGAUGUGGUUCGGACUCUACUCCAGAGGGGACGGAGAGCAGGACUCCAGCGGCUUCGAGCACGUCUUCUCAGGGGAGGUGAAGAAAGGGAAAGUGUCCGGAUUCCACAACUGGAUUCGCUUCUACCUCCUGGAGAAGCAGGGAACGGUCAACUACCUGAGCCACAACUUCGACGGGCCGUGGGACACGUUCCCCACGGUGCUGGGGCUGCAGUUCAGCUGGGACGGGUUCCACAAGGAGGUGGGAUCCGCCUUCGUCGGCUCCAGCCCCGAGUUCGAGCUCGGCCUCUACACCCUCUGCUUCCUGGCGCGGCCCGGCCGGGCGUGCCACCUGAGCCUGGGCGGGCACAGCCUGAGCAUCCAAACCUUCCCCUGGACCAAAUCCACCUACGGCGGCGGCCGGAGGUUCAUCGCCACCGCCUACGUGAUGUCACCGUGAGGGGACAGCGGGGACAUCCCCCCGCCCCUCCCCGCG